UUCAAAAAUAUCAUCAAAUUUUAAGAUUCCUCCUUCAACAGUAUAUAAUACUAUUAAUUGCUAUAAAAAAACUGGUUCUUCACAUCCUAAUAAACAUUCUGAAAGGCCAAAUGUUUUAUCUAAUCGUGGAAAACGUUCAUUACAAAGGAUCGUUUAUAAAGAUAGAUUUUCUUCCCUUGGUGAAAUCACAAAUAAGUUAAACAAUGAUUUUUCUACUAAUUAUCAUUCAAAUACUAUUCGCAAAUAUUUAUAUAAAAUGAAGCUUAUAAAUUGUAUUUCAAGAAAAAAACCUCUUUUAACUAAAAAACACCGAAUUGAUUGA